AUGACUGAGUCCGAAAAUGAUAAUGAUAUGAUAGCGACUUAUCAAGCACAAUUGGAACAAGUUGAAAGUACUAUCCUGCGACAAGAAGAGGAGCAAGGUGUUGCGAGUGCCGAGUUAAGACAGUUACGUUCAGAUCUGCGUGAAGCGCUUGCUCUUUUCAAAGUGACUAAUGACGACUCAGUCAUUGUACUUGAUGAUUCUGAUCCGGCACCUUGUGUAACGCUGUCAUCUGAAUCUGAUACCAGCGAUGAUAAUGAGGGGGAGGAAGAAGAAAAGGACGAUGAUGAUGGUGAUGAUCAAAACUCGAUUAUCAAACAAAUCGUUGGUACAAAUUGUAGUGUAAAAAUGAACUGUCCUAUCAGUGGUUUACAACGACAUAAUGCCAUUGUACUUGGUAUUGAAUCUCUGGCAGAGAAUACCGUCCGUGUUUUAUUUUGUCAACCGACUCGCCUUGAUUUUAAACCGUGCUCUUACUUUCUGAAUGACAAUUGUCGUUUCAAUGAUAAUUGCAAAUACUGCCAUGGUUUUGUUAUCUCUGCAGAUGAACUACUAGAAUACGUUGAACCAAAAUAUGAUACACUGGCCGCUGGACAAAGCGUCAUCUGCAAACAAGGCACUGAUGGUAUAUGGAAAGGGGGUGUUAUCGAAAGUGUUGAACAUGAUAAUAACCAAUGCGUUGUGCGUUUCAUACAUUUUAAUGCGUUAGAAGCCGUACCAUUCGAAUCAUUGAUGACUAUUGAUACUACGAAGCAAACGCCAGGAGGAAAUGAAGAUAACGAAGAUGUUACUGAUGAUAUUUCCAGUCCAAUCGAAGAUAUGCCCAGCACAUCGACCGAUCAACCCAGAUUAGGUGACUUGGGCGGCUGGGAGAAACAUACUAAAGGUAUCGGUUCAAAAUUACUCGCGAAAAUGGGCUACAAACCAGGACAAGGUCUUGGUCGAACGAAUCAAGGUCUAGUCAAUCCAGUUGAAGCACAUGUUUUACCGAAAGGCAAAUCACUGGAUGCUGUACUCGAAUUGAAAAAGAAGAAGAAACUAGUUAAAGCAUUUAAAGUAUCAAAAGAACGCAAACAACCGAUGGCUGUUGCCAAGCAAAAAGAUCUCUUUACAUUUCUCGACAAAGUCUUUACUUCAGAAAUGAAUUCAAAUAAUCAAGAACCGACACCGUCGCCUUUAGAUCGAUUUAAGGACAACAACACAACAGUCAACGAAACUUCACUAUUCUUUCAUUCGGAGAUCGGUCGACGAAAUGAUGAAAUGCGUGUCCUCGAACGAGAUAUUCGAAAGCUCGAAGAACGAUUGAAGUACAACGAACUUCAUGGCGCAUCAACCGUAGCUUCGAGUAUCAAACAACGUAUUUUAGCAAAAAAAGCACGAUUCAAUAAAUUGAAACAUAUUGAGAGCGAUCUUCAAUCUAAACGAGAACAGACUCGAACAAAAAAGCUCGAUCUUUUUUAA